AUGAACACCCCAGAAGUCGAUUUCAAAAACCAGACAAUUGCUAGAAUAUUCAAUACCUUGGUAUUUCAAAAGCAGCAGCUAGCGGGAAGUGACAGCAACACCAGCAAAAACAAAAAGAGUAACAGUAACGUCAGGAUCACCAAGAACACCGUCCACUUAGUCAAUGAGUAUCUCAAGAUCUUUGCCACUGAAGCAAUCCUUCGAUCAAAGGAACAAAAGGACCAAAAGGACCAAGAGGAAGGCCAGUUUGAAGAUGUCGAACAAAUAUUAGACGUGCAAGACUUGGAAGCGGUGGCUGGUUUAUUGGUAUUGGAUUUUUGA